AUGGACCCUUAUCUGGGCAUCUUCUUCCUCACUCCCUUCUUCCAGUCCUGCUAUGCCUGGUCAGUGAAUAAUUUCCUGAUGACGGGCCCCAAGGCCUAUCUCAUCUACUCCAGCAGCGUGGCGGCCGGGGCGCAGAGUGGCAUCGAGGAGUGCAAGUUCCAGUUCGCCUGGGACCGCUGGAACUGCCCGGAGAGGGCACUGCAGCUCUCCAGCCACGGCGGGCUGCGCAGUGCAAACCGAGAAACAGCCUUUGUCCACGCCAUCAGCUCUGCGGGUGUCAUGUACACGCUGACCCGGAACUGCAGCCUGGGCGAUUUUGACAACUGUGGCUGUGACGACUCCCGCAAUGGACAGCUGGGGGGACAAGGCUGGCUGUGGGGAGGCUGCAGCGAUAAUGUGGGCUUUGGGGAAGCUAUUUCCAAGCAGUUUGUGGAUGCCCUGGAGACUGGACAAGAUGCCAGAGCUGCUAUGAACCUGCAUAACAACGAGGCAGGUAGAAAGGCAGUGAAAGGGACCAUGAAGCGGACUUGCAAAUGCCAUGGUGUGUCGGGGAGCUGCACCACCCAGACCUGCUGGCUGCAGUUGCCUGAGUUUCGGGAGGUGGGCACUUACCUCAAGGAGAGGUACCACAAAGCCCUGAAGGUGGACUUGCUGCAGGGAGCAGGGAACAGCGCUGCCAGCCGGGGUGCCAUUGCUGAGACCUUCAGUUCCAUCUCCAAGAAGGAACUGGUCCAUUUGGAAGACUCUCCUGACUACUGCCUGGAGAACAAGACGCUGGGGCUGCUGGGCACGGAGGGCAGGGAGUGCCUGAAGAGGGGCAAGGCGCUCAGCAAGUGGGAGAAGCGGAGCUGCCGGCGGCUGUGCGGGGACUGCGGGCUGGCGGUGGAGGAGAGGCGAGCCGAGAUGGUGUCCAGCUGCAACUGCAAGUUCCACUGGUGCUGCGCCGUGCGCUGCGAGCAGUGCCGCAAACGGGUCACCAAGUACUUCUGUGUCCGCAAGGAGAAGCGCGAGCGGAGCGGGGGUGGUGGAGCCAGCCGCAAGCUCAAGAGAAAGCUCUAACUUGCUUCUGCUCCUCCACAGUCCUGCCUGCCCCUCUCCUCUCCUGCCCUUCCCAUCAGCUCCUGG